AUGGGAGUCAAAUUGGAGAACGAAACAUUAGCCAAUUUGCCAGAAUAUUAUAGAAUAGCCGACGAUAUCUUACGAGAGGAGAUAGCAGCACACGACAAGGAGUCUAUUAUUGGACUUAGCGCCGGCAAGAUUUGUUACGCUGGCAAACGAACUGGCUACAAUGUAGGUAGAUUUAUUCGUCGUAGAUACAACCAGUUGCUAUCUCCAAAAUAUAACAAAUCCGAGAUCUACAUCCGAUCUACGGAUUCUACAAGAGCUAAGAUGACAGUAUUGACUGCAAUGUCCGCGGUGUAUCCAGCCACUUUUGACACUUGGAGUGAAAACAUUAACUGGGACCCUGUACCGUAUACAACUGUACCCGUUCAGUAUGAUUUUAAUUUAGCGUCACUAAACUGCCCUAACUUCAUGUCAUGGUACUAUAGUGCCAUAUUUCAAAAUUCGCAAAGAAUGAAUCAAUAUGCAGAUGUCAUAGCUGAAGUUUCCGAAGCAACCGGCUCCGAUUUCACUCAGACGCCUAUUCUUACUAUGGCUCUUUAUGAUAUAUUAGUAAGCGGGCAACAUCUUGGUUAUGAUAUAGGUCCAGAUUUGACGAAAUUGAUGCCGGCUCUGGAAAUGGCUGCAAAUGAAGCAAUAGACAUAAUUUGGGGUGACGAUAAUUACAUUGCCUUGCAAGCUGGUGUUCUUCUGAACGAAUUCUUCACAUACGCCAAUCAGAUUAUUUACGGUACAGACACCCAGCGGGUUCGUGUGUAUUCUGCUCACGAUUUCAACGUUUAUUCCCUUGAAGCUGUGUCCCAAGUGACACCUAGACAGGGAGCCCCUAAAUACGGAUCUGUGUUCUCCUUGGAGCUGAGAAGGGUUGUCGAAACUGGCGAAUAUGUUGUCCUGCCCGUGUACCUUCCGUCACCGUACGAGACAGAAAUCUAUCUUCCCGUAAAAGGCUGCGGUCUCCCGUGUGGUCUAGACAAAUUCCUUGAAAUCACCUCAAAAUAUCUCCUCGAUGUAGACACUUGGCGUACAAAAUGUGGAUUCACUGAGGACUACGUAAUAGAUUCUUCGAGCAUUGAUUAAAUAUGCAACUUGGCUAUUGCACUGCCAUGCAUCUAUUCUACAAUUUUUAAAUAAGAUUAUACU